CAGUUGGUCAGUUCUUUAGUUGGUUGGUUGGUUGGUUGCUGGCUUCGAGUGCUUCGAUUGUCUUCUUGACAAUCUUGGACAGAUUCCUCGAGAAGGAGACUUGACCUGGGCCUAGGGGACGUUCAUGGGAGCCUGACUGCCAGAUGGCCCUCAUCCCUGGCCUGCUUUCCAAGCUGAAAUCGUCGAUGCUCACCUAUCUCUCUCUCUCUAUAUAUAUCUAUCUAUCUUUGUAUGUGAGAAUCCAGCAGGAUGUGAAGAAAUUCGACACCCAUCCCAUCGUUGUCGUGUCGUCGUCGUCGUCCAUUGGUGUCCAAUCUGAAAUUUGAAGUCCUACAUUAUGACUCCGGGACUGAUGUCCUUUGAGAAACCUUGGGUGCCUUCACAGCUUGCACUGCUUUGAGUCCUGGGAGCCACUCUGGCCUUCGUGGGUCCUGCAUCCAUCGUAGCUGAGCAUGACGAACUCAUCCUCGUCGUUGACCAGCCUCAAGGAGGUUGUGGUGGAAUUGGACUUUGUCUCGGAUAGUUUGUCGAGUGGUUCCAUUCGUCGCUCUGGGCGCACCAAGAUGCUCCAUAUCCCGGUGGUUUCGCCCUAUCACGACUUUGCCAACCUGGACUCGGCCUUGUGGACCCUGUCCCAAAAGGAUCCGGAUCUCAAGCGAAUCCUCCGAGAGCAAGAACUCAUCUACUUUAAUUCCAUCCUGAGCUUUACCUUUUUAGCCUUCGAUGCGGGGAAACAAGCCUGGAAUCCGGUUGACCCGACCUCCGCGAUUAAAAUCCCGGAGAAGACCUACUUAAAAGUGCAAUUGGAUCAUCGACCCAAGAAUCAGACUCCACCCUCUUUGCCUCUACCCGUGGAUAUGAACCCUUGUCGUUUGAUUGCCAAGAAACUAGAAGGUUGUCAAAGUAGCUCAUCCCGCCAUGAUGUAACUGCCUCCCAGGACCCUCCUGUAUCAGCAGACACGCCUACCCCUUCCGUCCCAGUCAAGAUUGACCCACCUCACACCACCGAUACGUCUGAACAAGAUCGGCAGUCUGCUUUCGAGAAGCUCUUCUUCAUUGAUGAUGACGAAGAGGCCGAAAAGCAAUUGUCCUUGGCCGCCGAGGCUCAUCAAGAGCGAAUUCAGCUGGGAAGUUCCCAAAACCAUGCCGACAGUGAUUCGGAUGAGGAUGAUCGACUCAUGAUUGACGAGGAUCGGGAAGAAGUUGAGGAGACCUCGACCUCGGUCCAACCUUCCAAGACCGCCGAUGUCAUGGAUCUCGACAAUGACGACGUGGAUUUAGACGAGUGGAAGCAAAUGCUCGGCAUUGGCGAUGACAAGCCCGACACUGAGAAGAGUAGUAGUAGUAGUACAAAUUCAAACCGAGCCAGCGGUUCUAGUCCGGGAUUACCUAGAUUUCCAUCCGAGCCUGUGCAAGUGAGGCCGGUGGCAGAAGUCAUUCCGUUCCAACGUGAGCCGGAUGUGCCGGUUGUGAUCAUCGAUUCCAAAUCGGAGAGCGACACAUCCGACCCCCUCGUAGCAUCUCAGGUCACAAAUGUAUCUGAAAUCACCACAGAGUUAAAGGGGCCUGCAAAAACAGCUGCACCUGAAAUCACAACAGAGUUAAAGGGGCCUGCAAAAACAGCCCCUGUGGACGAUUUGGAUGUCUCUAAGGUUGACAAAGAAAAGAGCCAAAGAGAAAUCGAAGUGAUUGACCUAGAGGAUGGUGAAAUCCUGAGUGAGAAUGAAGAACAUGGUCAAGAUAUGGAACCUGAAGGUUCCAAGGCCAAAGAGGAAACAAAAUUGGAUUCACCCGAGAGCCCGGUGCCACCACGAAAACGAAGUAAAAAGAAGAAAUCUCGAAGGCGACGUGAUGACACUGAUAGCGAUGCCAGUUCCGAUUCUGGAUCCACAAGGCGGUUAACGAAUCGGAAGCAUUCAAAGCGGAAAUCAAGGAGACGUUCUCGAGAUCGGGAUCGAUCUCGAUCCCCUCAACCUUACCUUGCAGAUUGUCCAUCCGAGCCUGAUUUGACGCAGCAGAACAAUUUGCCUCAUCCAAAGCCGUGCGUUCCGCCAACAGCAUUUCAACCCGGGUUUUAUGGUCCUAAUUCUGAACCCAAUUUUGGUGGACCUUAUUUUGGCGGACCCAAUCCUGAUGGUCCGAAUUUUGACCCCAAUUUUGUUGGACCCUGUUUUGGCGGGCCCAAUUUUGAUGGCCCCAAUUUUAAUCGUCCCAAUUUCGGUGGCCCCAGCUUUGACGGACCCAAUUUCGGUGGACCAAAUUUCGGCCCCAUCGGAAACCAAUUCAGACCCCCACGCCCUUGGGCGGCGGGGUUUGGUCCCCAUGGUCGUCAUCCUCAUCCUAGACUGAGAUUUCAUGAUUCUGGUGGCCCCUUCAAUGGAUGUCAACCUAGGGCAUCCCGCCCUUUUGGCCCCUCUAACCUAUUUCCGCAAGUCAGAAGUCCACAUCCGGGCAUGUCCUUACCUCGCCCAUAUGGAAUGAGGCCUACUCCUCACAUAAGACCAGCAUUUAUGAAUGAUCCUGCAAUGGUAACGCCUAGUGGAUCUUAUCAAUAUCAGGCCGAGAAAUAUCACAAAAAGAGCAAAGCCGUCGCUUCCAGCGGGAAGAAAAAUCAACAGGAUGAGGCUAUCACCCCAAAUCAGUCACAUCCAACAGAAGGUGAUAUUUAUGCAUCUACUUUAGGCUUAAACUUUAAGAAUCCUGUUCAAGGGCUUCACGAGUACUGCACUAAGAAGGGAUGGAAGAUGCCCAUUUUUAGUGUAAAGGAAACCUGCAAAGUGGAUGGGCUAGCCCAAUGGAAGAUGAAAGUAAUGGUCAAUGGGCAAACUUACUUCGCUGACAAAUUCUAUGACUCGAAGAAGAACACUAAAAAGGCCGCAGCGAAGGCGGCUUUAAGAGCGUGUGGCAUUAAGUUACGUUAACGACGAGAGCGAAUCAAUCUAUUCAUCACCCAAACAAAUAUCAUUUAUAAAUCUACUUGUCGUGUGGUUUUAUUAUCUAAGAACCAUACACGUUUAAUAAAUCACAUUUAAAAGGUACAA